UGGUAUCUCAUACACCACCACACAAGGAUGCGUCCACUGUUGCGGCCAGGCUGACUGCGUCGGUCGAGCAGAAGAUAGCAACUCCGAAGGAUGAUACAGCAAUGUCUGCGUCCAUAGGGGGGGCAUCCGAAGCAAGAUCGAUGCGGAAGACCGAGGCUGCGACGAUGAGCACGUCCAGUGCACAAACCUCGACCAUGGACAUGUCGGCCCUGAAAUCAGCGAUUCAGGAAUCGACUCCCAGGAUGGUCCUAAGCUCCUCAAAAAGGCGACGGCUCAGGAAGGCCAAAAGAGCGACGGAACAGCAACAGCUGAUUACCGGCUCUCAGAGGAUACCUGAGAACCCUGGAACUGCCCCCGCGGUUACCACAACUGCAGGACGCGGGAAAAGGGCACCGAAGCCGACUGGGUCCUCUGCCGCGCUCAAGCCUAUUGGCUCUAGGUGCGGUAAAGGACCUAGAGGGGGGUACCAAACCAAAAACCCAAACCAAACCAAACAACAAACAAAGGGCCAGAAACGCGAUCGGCCAGAGGAAACCGUGACACCGACUGGGGAGAGUAAAAGGGUUAAACCUAACAAACUCCGGCUGGAGUCAGGGACCUCGGCCAGUUACGCGGAAGCGGCAGCAUCCUACAAAGCCAACGAGCUUUGUGUUGCCGUGAUGACUGAGCCCUUUAUAGACAUGACACAAGAACAGGCAGAUAACAUCCGCCUACAAAUCGAGGGUAAAAUUCAAGAUGAGCUCAUGGCGGAUCUUGAAGCUACCCUAGCAACUGAACCCAACGACAUCAGAUUCCGGGGAAGAGCCCACUUCUCAGAUGGUGUCCUCAAAACUUGGUGCGAGGAUACCUACACGCUGGGAUGGCUUACCGGAGCAUGCGAUGUCAUCAACAAUCCGAUACCGGACACCAAACUGGUGGUACGGCCUCAGUCAGACAUUCCGAAGAAGGUGCCGUGCUUACUGCAUGUUCCAGAGUUCACUGGUAGCACGGAAACUUUACGGAAACUGAUCACCAGGCAAAACCGCCACCUAAACAUCAGAUCUUGGACCCUGACUCACGAACGUAGAACACAGGACCCGACAGGCGUAUCUUUGUUCCUUCGUGUUCCGGAAUAUGAGAUCUCAAAGAUCAAGGCACACGAACGUCGCAUCUACUAUCUGAUGGGGAACAUCUAUAUCCGAAUUCUGGAAAAGGAUGAACCCUCAGUGGUAGCUGCCGCCACAGUAACUACUGCCAGUACAUCGGGGACGGGAUCCUCGGGGCCAAAGCCGCCCUCGUCAACGACGGAGAUAGCCGCGGUUGCCGAGGUAAACGUCCCCAUGGAGACAGUUCAACAACCACCCUCACCGGUGCAACUAACCUCGGAUGACGAGUUCUUUCAGGAGACAGGGGGGAGUGAAUUCAGCGACAGCUGUUUGCGCUCCUCCCCCUAACCGGACUGACCUUAUCCAGACAAACCUCCAGCACAGCCAAACAGCGUCGGCUUCACUACGCAGACUGCUGGAGACCAACCCGAAGACCAUUGCCGCGAUCCAGGAGCCGUGGAUCAGGAAUGGCAAGGUAUGCGGCCUGGGUAACACCGGUGGUAAACUUUUGCUGGAUACCUCAGGACCUUACAACCAUUAGGUUACCUAGGGACGCACAUCCAGACAUCGUCCUGGCGUCCGCCUACCUACCGGGUGACGAGGACGUGCCCACUCCAGAACUCGGCCUUCUGGCUGACUACUGUGAGAGGGAGAAACUGGAGCUUAUAAUCGCAGCAGACUCCAACGCGCACCACACGCUAUGGGGUAAUGCAAAUACCAACGCUCGAGGUGAGAAUAUGCUUAACUUCAUUCUUAGCAAUAAUCUUAUCUUAGCAAACAGCGGCUCUGAACCAACCUUUAUCAACGCACGCUCGCAAACCAUAAUCGAUCUAACAAUGGUGACCUCUGGUCUGUCAGAUCACAUACAGGAUUGGCAUGUCUCCAGAGAGCUAUCAUGCUCAGAUCACAGGUGGAUCCGCUUUACAAUCAAAGGGGAGCUACCUAAACCACAACCACGACGCAUACCUCGGAGAACUGAUUCAGUAAA